GGUGCGGGAAUUCCUGAGUGCUUGGCUUUGAGCAUCAGACUGCUGCCUCCCUGGGAAUGGGGGUUGGGAUGGCAGUGCCAACUCCUUCGGUGACUAUGGAAGGAUAAGAUCUAACUGUGGAUGAGGUGCCGCCUCUUCUGACUUAACACCAAGACGAAUUUGGGGCAGAUGGGAGGAAGAGCAGGAGGAGUAUGAGGCCCAGAGAUGAAUUUUCCAGAGGGUUUGAAGCCUGUGGAGUUUGAGAGAACAGAAUGGGAAGACCCUACCUAGAGCGAUGCUAAGGCUCAGACUUGCAUGACGGAGGAUACUGGGUGCUGGUCUUGGGUCCCACUUCCCUGCCCAUAUGCUGGAGUCAUUCCAGAGACAGGCCUUCCCCCAUCUUCCUGCCCAGCCUUGGGGUAGAAGACUGAGUUUCUUCAGCAUCCUCCUGGUCCUUCCUCCACAGCAGAUGGGCUCUCCAAUGCAGAAGGCUGCCCUCCCCUGCCUGAGUCUCAUCCUGCUUAUCUGGAGCCAGGGUCCCGGGGUCCAAGGCCAACAAUUCCAAUUUGGGCCCUGCCGCGUGGAGGGGGUCGCUUUCCAGGAACUGUGGCAGGCCUUCCGGGCCAUGAAGGACAUUGUGCAAGCUCAGGAUAACAUCAUGAGUGUCCAGCUGCUGCGGAGGGAGGUUCUGCAGAAUGUCUCGGGCGCUGAGAGCUGCUACCUCCUCCGUGCCCUGCUGAACUUCUACCUGAACACCGUGUUCAGAAACUACCACAAGAAGGCAGCUGAACUCCGGAUCCUGAGGUCCUUCUCUACUCUGGCCAACAAUUUCAUUGUCAUCCUGUCAAAGCUGCAGCCCAGCAGGAAAAUGAGAUGUCUCCCAUCCGCGAGAGUGCACGCAGGCGGUUUCUGCUUUUCCAGAGAGCGUUUAAGCAGGAACAGAUACAUCCGCCCAAAAAUAAAUGAAGAGCAAUGACACACGAAGGAAAGGGGCCACCCAGGCCUCAGUAUGGGCCACCCAGUGGACUCAGCAGGUGGACCAGCCCCACCCACACUGGGAUUCUAGGGUUCUUGUUGGCAAGGGCUCCAGAUGCUUUUCCCUGGCUGCUGACGCACUGCUACCCAUUGUAUUCAACCCCAAAGCGGGCAACACACAUAGAGGAGGGGCAGGUGAUGGGU